UGCCAGGGGCAGAUAGAGGUAAAAGAGGGAGAGCUGACGGAGUUAGGAUGACGAAACUUUCACUAUGGGUGUGUGUGUGUGAGAGAGAGCAAGAGAGAGAGAGAGAGAGAGAGAGGGAGGUGUAGGGAGACUCACACACCAUCAGACACCUGUCAGAGCAGGUGGAGACUGAAUAUCUGAACCUGGAGGUUUCACUGGAGGGCUCAUUCCUUUUUUUCUAAGUAAUCCAGACUUGGUAUUUUGAUAUUUCUUGAGAUAUUUGUGUUUUUUAUGUAACUGGAUUUCAACGAGGCCGGUGGCUCCUGGAUCGUCAAACCAUUAGGCAUUUGAGUGAAAACUGUUCCAGGAGGAAAAUUUCCAUCUGAGACUGUAUCACAGCCUGAAGGAGUUUCUGAGACACCCAACUUCAGACAAGCUGUGUGAUCAUGGCAGAUUUCCCGUCCAAAGUCGCCACGGAGACGAGCUCCCCCAACUCCCAGAGCUCUCAUGGGGGGAGCAACAGGCUCCGAGGCCUGGCUGGUAACGUCACCACCAUGAUGGACAUGGUCUUUCUCCGAAGCAUCACAUCCAUCCUCAUGUGCGCUGAAAUAAUAAUAGGGCUGCUCCAGUGGGCGUUGAUAGCCAGCUCCAACUACACGUUGUUGCCAGUGUACGGUUGGGUGAUGUUUGUGACCGUCACUCUGUGGAUCCUCACCACCAUCCUCUUCUUCAUGUUGCUGUUUGGUGCCCAGCGGAAACUCAGUGCUGUCCCCUGGCCCCUGACGGUCAUGGCGUAUAACGGCAUCGCCACCGUCCUCUAUCUCUCCGCCUUCGUGGCCAACGCAGCAACUGUCCACCGUUUCUCCUAUUACUAUGAACAUAUGGCAGCCGCUGCCGUAAGACGCCCGACACACUCACACACACUCACGCACAAAGAACUGGUUAAAUAUGCAACACACUCAAAACACUGUGAUACAUCUGAGAUCAACAAACAGAAAUCCAGGCCUGGAGCGUUGCUCAUUCAUACAUGUGGGGGGGGGGGCAGAGAAAGAUCUUAUUGA